GGCUUGACCUUGACUACAAGCGUCAUUAUGAAAUCUAGCCGCAUACCCAGGUCGCGUGCGAAUAAACACGAGAAAAAGCAUGUGACUGAAGAAGAAAUUGAGUCUGAAAGUGACGAUGGCUCUGUUGUGUCCGGGACCGAUUCCGAUGCUUCAGUGCAUGAGAGUGCUCACGAGAAAAAGGUGCGCUUAACAAAAAAAGCUAUUCAGAAAGCUCUGGAAACAGUUGGUUCGGACGAUGAAAAGUAUGAAGCUCUUUCACUGCGACUUAAGGAAGAAGCACUGCAAGCUAAAGGGAAAUUCCUGGCGAAAAUUUCCCACCAGAUAAACGGUUUUGAUCAAGGUAAAGUAGUACUCCUCAAGGGCCACAGAAAAUCAGUUUCAUGUGUGUGCAUUUCUGAAGAUGGGAAGUUUGCUUUUUCUGGAGGGAGAGACUCUUCAGUAAUUAAAUGGGAUCUGGAUACCUUGUCGAAAGUAUGUGUCAUGCCUGGAGGGAAACGUGGCACAAAAUAUGCUUAUCACACUGGUCCAGUACUAUCCAUUGCAGUAUCCAGUGACAACAGGUAUUUGGCUUCUUCCAGCAUGGAUCACUCAGUUAUAAUCUGGGAGCCAGAACAGAUGAAGGUAUUUAUGAAGCUUUUGCGUCACUCGGUGCCUGUUACUGUAUGUAUUAUUUUCUUCAUCCAAUUCUCACUACAGGCUGUUAGUUUUAGGCAUCAUUCACACAUGUUGUUCACAGCAGAUUGCUCCGGUCGUGUUUGUGUCUGGAAUAUGCCUUUGAAAGAGGUCCUGCAGGAUCAAGGGGCAAGAACGAACAUUGAAGUACUGGGACUAUGUGGUCUUAUAUCUGAACGGUGUGUUUCAUGUACUGGAUUCGGUGGUCCUGGAGUCUGUGUGUGGAAAAUUCCCGAAGAGAUUUGCGUUCAAUACAGUACAAAAAAUGCACUAGAGUUAGUUUUCAUUUUAAUUACUAUCGUCAUCGUGUGUGUAUGAACAAAUUCAACUUUUCCCACACUCAAAAUCCAUGUUUCAUAUUCAAUUACAGGAGCUCAGUGGAGUGCAUUUAUGCAGUUAAUGAUCAGAUUUUCAUUGGUGGAUCUGCAACUAAGUAAGUUACAUCGCACUAUCAAAUUUUCGUCCUACAAAAUUAUUUGUUCGAAUUCAUGUGAAUAUUUUUUCUUCAUUUUAGUACUCUUUACAUCUGGCAUUCAAGCAGAGGUAGUCCUGUGUUCACCGUCUCACCUGCACAUCCUGUGGCUAAACUGUGUCCUCCGUCACCAUCUGAACCUUUCAGCAGACCUGUUGCAAACUGGGUAUCGGCAGUUACGGGUUUAUAUGGGACCGACCUAAUCGCUUCAGGUUCUUCCACUGGUCACAUACAGUUUUGGCGAUUAAUUCAGCCACAAUCGGAGCAUUCAAAUGAAGGUAGAGUACAACAGCAACUCCGCACACAAGUUAGCAUUGAACGUCUACCGGGUUUGAGUAUCUCGAUGGUAUGUUUCGUGCUAUAUCAUUUUACUGUGUCAAGUUCUGAUGUAUUCUUGUUUGAUCGAUUGGUAAAUGACUUAUGAUUGUCAAGAAGCACAAAACCGCAGUCCCAAGCUUUUUGUUGAACGCAUCCAGGUAUAUGACACUAAAUCUAGUCCAAUGAGUUAUCAGUUCACUUAGCUUAAUAUUCAAAUUAAUAAUUUUGAUUACAAAGCUCUACUACUAAAGAAUGAGAAGAAACGAAAGCCAUUCAGUAACCUCGUCCACAUUCGUGCUGUGGGCAAUGAACUAAACCCUUUAUUUGUAGCACAAUGAUACUUAUUAUCUGGCUACCCAGACCUCGAUAGGUGAAACUAGGUUUACACCCAUUGCCUAUCGGUUGAAAGGUCGCCGAUACGAAAGGAGUCGGUGUUUAAGGACACUUGGUAACAUGGCUGAAAAUCGGUCACAACGACGUCUUUUAAAGCUCGAAUAUUUGCAUCAUCCCUUAUCUUCAGAUUAUUAGUUCGCCGAUACAACUUUAUCUAUUUUGAUAUCACUUUUUCUGUUCAUCGGUUCCUUCCGUACUAAUAUGAAAUGUUGCAGCUUCAGUCAGUGCAGUGCGUCUGUGCGAGGUUCUACUUUGAUUUUGUCAGUCGUUCAGCUGUACUACUUUGCCAACGAAGCCAAUCAUGGCGUAGUGAUUUACACUAUAACUGCAAUUCCCUUUUGUCUUUCUAUCCAAUAGACGUUUCUGAUAUGACGGAGCUCCGAGGAUUAGAUGUUUCCGGCAGCAUAUUUUGUUGGUUUAUUGUGAUAAGCAGGUUCAGGCAUUAAGUCUAGUUUAUAUAUAUGGUGUUUAUGACGGAUAACUGUAGUUCAUAUCAAAUAGGUUUCUGAGUGAGAUUUUUUGUUAGCUUACCUCGUGUGUACGUAGUGCUGUUAACCUCAGUUAAACUUUCGGAUAACAUCUCCAUCCAUUUAUAGCAUUUUUGCUCGGACACUUACCUCCUGUAUCUAUCUGAUAUAUAUUUAUGCAGAUCUGAUUUUAGACUCUAAAGGUUAGUAUCCUAUCAGUUUGACGUGUCAACGGUUGCUCCACAAGUAGUCCGUAAGAAAAAUUGAGUGAAGUUGAAUUGACUGUAAGGAAACUGAAGUACGUGAAAGUAACCGGUCGUGAACUAUUUCUGUGAACAGCUGACACCGAUGAAUAGCAAUCAAACUCUAAAACGGUAGUUAUCGUGGUUAGAUGUACAUUCCGUUAUGAUGCAAAUACAUUUACUCUAAUACACUCGACUCUUAAUGUCCCAGUUUGUUUCGCUUGGUAAAUGAACGUGGAUAUGGUGAUAGAAUAUUGACGAUUAAUAAUGUCAUUUUUAUAAUGGUUAGUCUGCUCUCAGCAUAUUCUGGAUGUUGUGGAUCUGUAGCUUGUCGGUCAACAUACUAGGCUUCCAACCAGUAGGUAACUGGUUUGAGUCGCAAAAUACCUACCGAGGUUUGAGCAGCUAAAUAGUCGUAAGACCUUAUAAUAAGUAUGGCUGACUGCCUACUACACAAAGAUGUAUAUGAUCGCAUUUUGAUUUUUGAUAUUCGAGACGUCACGUCUUGAUAUGAUGAGGAGUAUCUGGAGCUCAGGAUAUAAAUGUUGAGGUAGAAGUGUUUUCAGAAUGUUCGAAAGUUCCACUUCAAUAAAUACUGACUCUAAGGUAACUUCUACUUCAACAUAAUAACUUUUCCGGCUACUACUAUCGUUACCACAGCAGAUAAAGCUCCUAAUUUCUAAUGGUCGUUGGCGCUCCAUAUUACGUUUUAUUCUGAAAGUCAAUACGUGCUAAGGUGGUUAAUAAACGUAGAUGUACUAGCACGUCUGGUGAUUGAAUUUGGGAAAAUGUGGUUGAUUUCAAGCUAUUUUUCAUUGCGUGUUGGUAUCAACUGGAGAACUGUGGAAAACAUAGGGAGUGAGCGGGCUGAACAGAUGUUCUCAUCCAGUUCGGAACUCAGAGGAUUUUAGACACUGGUCCAACUUUGCUACCUAUUGAUAGAAGUGAGGAAAUAUGAACCACUGGGUUCUGAUGCAGUGGGUAAAUGGUAAUGUGCUUCUUGCGGGCCCUGACGUUCCUGGGUUCAGUUCUUCACGGAAUCAUGGGUACUUAGGAGUCUCACUCCAGUGCUCCCAUAUUCUUAGUAGCUCUGCAGGUGAUACCAUUUCACGAUAAAUUAUGUUGAAUUCAAUCAAUCUCCAUGAGUCACUAACCGAUUUACUGUCCAAAGCUUAUUGACUUGUUUCAAGAUGAAUUUACCAAAGUUCUAUUGAGAAACUGUAGCCUGUUAGGUCAACCAAGUGGUGAAAAUUAUCUACCGAGAGCGAAGUUGUACUGCUGGCUUGCUAGACGGCGCGACAGUAGUAAGGUGUUUUCCUUGCAGGGUCAACAGUAUCACGCUGGUGCUGCCUUCCCUACAGAAGGAGGGUCGGAAAAGAUCGGCUCGAAAAAUAGCACACUCCUUUCUACCCCACGUUCUUCCGGUACGGGGGAUAUAGAUUUUCUCUAUCCGUUGUUAGAACAAGCAAUUCUUAUAACAAUAACCCUCAAAAGGUUGUGACUGGCGAUCCUCGAGCACAUAUCCUCUUGGCUCUCUGGUCACAAAUCGUUUUCUCUUCCAUAUAGCCUUCCAUGCUGUGGGUAGCCGAGUAGUGUCAACCACCUGCACGCUUUCAGGGGUGUCACACUCGGUUUGUCAGGUUCAGUUAUAGAUCUGAUGAUCCAUGCAUUAUUGUUUGCAUGAAUUUUCACUUUAUUAUUUCAUUGGAUGAUUUGUGAAUUUCAAGGAAAUAUCAAUCUCCUGAAUUGAUACUCUUUCUGUUUUUUUUGUUGUUGUGGAACAUUUGUAGAGCGCAGUUGUGACUAACAUAUAUAGUUCAACAUUGAUGUACACUAUUCGCAUAAUUAUUGAACUUUCAGGCAAUGAAUCUCGGACUUGAGCGUCACUGCACUUUUUUGCCCUGAAUAAUCAGCGAGUUGCCAUAAACCUCUACACAAUUUUUCAGUUGCUUCGUGGAUGAAGUGUCAUAUUGGACAUCAGCUUCAAUACACCUGUGCAUAGAUGAAUUUGGCAUUCAGUUAGGGUUUAUGGUGUUAAAGGUGAAACUAUAUACCACUAUAUACCACACUGGCUGUUGUUAACAUAAACUUGAGGUUAUGUAGGCAAUAUCCUUUUCAUUUUUAAUUGAAACGUGAAUCAUGGUAUCAGUUUUUAUUUAUGAAGAAAGUACGUAGUUAUGAAAUUUUCUUUGUUUUUUUCGUAUGCAUUCCCAGGGUGGUUUUAUCAAUGGUUUGGCUUUCACUUCUGAUCGUCGAUACCUGGUUGUUUGUUUAGGCCAAGAGCAUCGUCUUGGUCACUGGGAGCCAAGGCGACAUGUCACAGAUGGCCUAUAUUUAAUACCUCUGGGGAUAUCUUAGUAGGUUGAUCGUGUAUUCUGCAAUUCAAUAAACUUGGCCAUCUUGAGAUAUUUUUGAAAAUAUUUUAUGUUCAUCCAAAUUGAGUAUUGAAGGGGCUUGUUUGAGCAUGAAUAAUAACAGACUUUCUAUUUCUUUUCACUGUAGAUCAAGAUGUCGUGAUGUUUAAUUUAAUUAACGGAUAUUGUAUAUUACUGAAAUAAAUUGUAUAACUGACCUUAAAUGUUCUCAUAAUUCCUCGUCUGUGUAUGUACUAUGGGAUACUGUUUGAUCACUUACU